AGCCACCGUGAGAGCCCUUUGCGCAUGUGCGGAGUGAAACGAGAGGAAGGUCAAGAUGGCGGCGGCCAGGGCGGGGGUCUUGGGAGUCCGAUGGCUGCAAAGGGCAGCCCGGACCGUGGUGCCGCUGGGUGCACGGACAGCUUCCCACAUUACAAAGGACAUGCUCCCGGGGCCUUAUCCCAAGACCCCAGAAGAAAGGGCUGCCGCCGCCAAGAAGUAUAAUAUGCGGUUGGAAGACUACGAGCCGUACCCGGAUGAUGGCAUGGGGUAUGGCGACUACCCAAAGCUCCCUGACCGCUCACAGCACGAGAGGGAUCCAUGGUAUGAAUGGGACCACCCAGACCUGAGAAUGAACUGGGGUGAACCGAUUCACUGGGACCUAGAUAUGUAUAUCAGGAACCGUGUGGACACGUCCCCCACGCCUGUUUCUUGGGAUGUCAUGUGUAAGCACCUCUUCGGCUUCGUGGCCUUCAUGGCGUUCAUGUUUUGGGUGGGGGAGAUGUAUCCCUCCUACCAGCCUGUGGCACCAAAGCAGUAUCCUUAUAACAAUCUGUACCUGGAACGAGGCGGCGAUCCCACCAAAGAGCCUGAGCCGGUGGUUCACUAUGAAAUCUGAGGAGGCUUCCUGGACUUUGUGCCUCCUGACUGAGCCUCCCUCAUUCCUAGAGAUUUAACCUUAAUGAAAUCCCUAAUAAAAUAGUGCUGUGGUA